AUGGGUAGAGGACUGACGAAGCUACUAGAAAUCACCCUCUUCAUCGGGGGGUUCCUCGUCAUGUGGUACGUAACAGGGGAAAAAAUAUUCAGGAAGAAAAAACAGAUAGUAAAAGAAAACAUCCUUCUCAUUUUGAGACACCUGUGUUUAGAAGUCUAUAAAGUACUGAACGAGACAUCCAAGACAACCAAAAGUGUGUAUGACAUGAUAAAAAAUGAACCCAACAGAAGCAUAGAAUUGAAUAAGUUGGAAGAAGUGCUACUGAACAAUGGGUACAAGCAGAGGAUUGAAGACGUGGAGAAAGAAGUGUUACACAAAUUUGAUGUAACCGUGGAAGAUUUCUACGAUGAAUUGAAAAACUACGAAAAAGAUGAAGACGUACAGAAAGUUCUUAACUCUAUUAAAAAAAUGUACCAUGAAUCGCUGCUAGGAAUACAGCCAAAGUUACCCUCCAUAAAUGAAAACAUAUCUCAAGAGGUUAUAUUAAAUUUAACCAGUUUGAUUUAUAAAAAAAAGAGAAAAAUCUAUAAAGAAAAAAUUGAUUCUAUGAUUAAGAAAAAUCAGGAUUUUAACUUAAACACGACCUUCUCAAAUUCGGAAUUUUUCAACAAACUGCAAAAGUCAACAGAACAUGUAGAAGAACAAGUCAUCAAGGAAAAUCAAGAUUUGGUCCCCAAUUUAUUCACCUUUAAAUAUCUCGUGAACUACUACUCGGAUGAUAUAAACUUUGUGCAGAGAAAAAAAUACCUUGAAUCGAAGCAUGGAGAAAAAAUGAUUAAAAUUUUGAAAGUGAAAAAAAUUAAGAAAAAGAAAAAAAUCACCAGAGAUAACUUAAGUAACAGUAGCUUUAAGAGCACACCCAGUCAGAACUCACUCAUCGAUCAAACCAGCUCUGAUAGAAACUGCUUUGUCAUCCCACCCACGAAACAGGAUGACAUGGACAAUCAUGACCUGUUGUAUCCCGCGGGUAGCGAUGUCAGUGCUGGAAACAAUCAUAACGCCACUCCGCCCUACCUAGAGAUGAUUCCUUCUUACCACCACGUGGAGGAACUCUACAUGGGACAGGAUCAGCAGGAGCAGCAGCAGGAAAAAUUCGAACCUACUGCUCCUCUAGAACAACACAUAAUCGAUUUUGUGCAAAGUGCACAAAACAUUGAGGAGGACCAGGAGAAGGGAGAAGAAGAAAAAGAAAAAGAAGAAAAAGGAAAAGAAAAAGAAAAAGAAGAAGAAAAAGAAGAAGAAAAAGAAGAAGAAAAAGAAGAAGAAAAAGAAGAAGAAAAAGAAGAAGAAAAAGCAGAAGAAAAAGAAGAAGAAAAAGAAGAAGAAAAAGAACAAGAAAAAGAAGAAAAAAAAGAAGAAGAAAAAGAAGAAGAAAAAGAAGAAGAAAAAGCAGAAGAAAAAGAAGAAGAAAAAGAAGAAGAAAAAGAACAAGAAAAAGAACAAGAAAAAGAAGAAGAAAAAGAAGAGGAACUAGAGGGGGGGGCACUACUGGGAGUAGUAACCCCCUCGGUUAAUGAAGUGAGCCCCGAAAGCUCCCCACUCUCGGCUCAAACGGAUGGCGGCCACGCCUCCAUUCACGGAGAACUUGCUCAUGAUGAAGGGGACGAUCUCCACGGGGAUCACACAAAAAUUGAAACAGAUGCCCAACAGGACGAUGCGAAAGAUGGAGUGGGUUACCCAUAUGACGGAGCCAAAAUGGAGAAGUCAUCACAAAUUAAGAAAAUCAAUCAGAAUGGCACCCCGGAUUUGAAUGUGCAGCCAGAGGGGGAGGACGACAGGGCUUCGCCGGUCGGUCAGGGGGUGGAUCCCUCUGCGCAGGUGGAGGAGAAGCAAGAAAGUCACGUGAAGGAAGCACAGCAAGAAGGCCACCAAGAAGGCCACGUGCAGGAAGCACAGCAAGAAGGCCACGUGCAGGAAGCACAGCAAGAAGGCCACGUGCAGGAAGCACAGCAAGAAGGCCACGUGCAGGAAGCACAAGAAGAAGGUCACGUACAGAAAGCACAGCAAGAAGGCCACGUGCUAGAAACACAGCAAGAAAGCCACCUGGACAAAACGGAGCAGGAUAAUCAGGAGGCAGAGAAGAGUGCAGCUGAAGAGGGAAGCGCCGUCAACGAACAACUCGCUCGGGAGGAGAAUAAGCCGACGAACGGAGAGGCCGAUGAAGGAAAAAAAGAAGACGCCCCCCUCACACAGCAGGAGGACAAGGGAGUCUCAGUCUCAAUGGUAGAAGCGGUGAAGGAGGAGCUACCAGCGGAGGAACCCUCAAAGGAAGAGUCGCCAGCCGAGGAGCACACAAAAGAUGAGCUAUCAUCUGAGGAACCCACAAAGGAGGAGCCUCCAGCCGAGGAACCCGCAAAAGAUGAGCUAUCAUCUGAGGAACCCGCAAAAGAUGAGCUAUCAUCUGAGGAACCCACAAAGGAGCAGCCUCCAGCCGAGGAACCCGCAAAAGAUGAGCUAUCAUCUGAGGAACCCGCAAAAGAUGAGCUACCAACGGAGGAACUACCCCAAGUGGAGUCACCGACCGGGGAACCCGCGAAAGAGGAAUGCACGGGCGAUGGGCUCAUCACUGGGGAGCCUUCUCACGAGGCGACUUCCAAUGAGGACUCCCCAAAGGAGGGACCCGCGGGGGGCAAGAGAUACGGAUUAUGGGGAAGCUCGAAGAAAAAAAAGAAUGCGCAUAAGAAUUCGAAGAAUAAAAAAUAA